AUGCAUGAUCAUAAUUAUCAUACUUCUACUUGUGUGAUUCCUGAAAGUACAAAAUUCUUAAACACCAAAAUACUUGAAGAUCGCUUAGGCGGACGGUCUUCAGCCGUAAAUAUAAAUGAUUAUAAGAUGUUGAAUUCAAAUGAAUUCAUUAAUGAUAUUCUUAUAGAAUUUUAUUUAAAUUAUUGGUAUACUGAAAAAUUAAGUGAAGAAGAUAGAAAACGAACGUAUGUAUUUAGUACAUACUUUUAUACUACUCUGGCAAAAUCAUUUAAUGCCUUUGAUUAUCCAGCACACUUCACAGCAUCACAGAUAAGACAUGAAAAAGUAAAAAAAUGGACCAAAAAUGUAGACAUAUUCGAGAAAGAUUUUGUUUUUAUACCUGUAAAUGAAAAUCAACAUUGGUUUAUGGCUGUAAUCUGCUUUCCAAAUCUAUCGGGCAAAGUUAAUAUGAAAGAUGGAACUCCAGUAAAUGAACCUGAUGAUGAUGCUGGUCGAUAUGUAGUGCCACCAAUAAAAUCUAUUGCUAUUGGUCGUAAUGAAUCUGACCCGAACACUGAAGAUCUUUGGCCUUGCAUUUUAAUUCUUGAUUCUUUAUCUGGUGGUGUUCGCCGUGCCAGAAUCACAGCUACAUUAUGUGAUUGGUUAAAACAAGAAUAUAUUGCUAAGUAUAAUGGAAAAAUAAAGGAUUUUAGUCCACAAGCUAUAAAAGGAGCGUUAAUUAAAUUGCCUCAGCAACCUAAUUAUACAGAUUGUGGCCUUUUUGUGAUUCAUUUUUUUAAAAGGUUUUUUGAAAGGCCGAUUGUGGAUUACACUUUACCGGUUCGACAUUUAGAAAACUGGUUUUCUAUCGAUGAAGUUGUUAAGAACUGCCAAAAAAGAAGAGAAUUAUCAAGUAUUAUAAUAAGUAGGAUGAAAAAUCGAGGAUCCAUUUUGCCUGAUGAUAUAAAAUUGCCAUUUCUUGAUUUCACCGACCCUAAAAAUACUAGACUAUCAAAUUGA